UAGGCAAAACUCAAGUGUGAGCUAAAAAUUCGAUUCGUUUUGAUUUUUUAGUAAAAAAAAAUAAGAUAAUCCAAAUUGUAGUACAUUUUAUGUAAUAGUCAUUGUUGUAUACUGCUCUAAUAAAAUACGUCAUGUCCAAAUAUAGUACAUAUGGGGCUCAGACACCAAAAUGUUCAAAUGAGGCUGACCUAAUAAAAUACAUGAAUUCAAUGAUUAAGAGAUUUAAUGUGGGUCCCCAAACAAUAUUUGGUUCUUCUUUUGUUACAAAAAUCGAUUUUGGCUAUCGACUUUGUGAGCUCUUACAUCACGUCCUGAUUAACAUUGAAAAGAGUUUAGACCUUAGGACAAGGGAGAUGAAUUUAAAUCCGAGUCUUGGGAGCGUUUUUCAGGGUAAUCAGGCUCUUCUGGACGAAUCCACUUCGAUUCAAGAGCAAAAGCCAUCGGAAUCUGAAAAGGAUAUGCCCAGUUUUAAGUGUCCUUUGUGUCUGGUGAAUCUUCAACAGCGAAAGCCCAUGUCGACUAGGUGUGGUCACAUUUUCUGUGGACAAUGCAUCCAAUCUGCCUUGGAAUUCGCCCAAAAGUGUCCUGUAUGCAAAAAACGGCUGUUGAGAAAACAUAUAUUCCGUAUAUCUAUAUUAAUUAUAAUAAUUUUGACAUAUGUAUUUAGAUUUAUAAAGAAAUCAUGUCAUUAAUA